ACCCCCCUCCCUACUAUUUAUACCCUCUCCUCACCCUCCUUUGCUUAGCCUUUUACAAUAGAAACAGAGCUCCCCAAAAUCUCAAACUUCAGAUCUUUUUCUUCAUCUAAGGAAAUUAAAAAAUGGCCGACGCUGAGGAUAUUCAACCCCUCGUUUGUGACAAUGGAACCGGAAUGGUUAAGGCUGGGUUCGCUGGCGAUGAUGCUCCCAGGGCGGUAUUCCCGAGUAUUGUUGGAAGACCCCGACACACCGGUGUCAUGGUUGGUAUGGGUCAGAAGGAUGCCUAUGUGGGUGAUGAAGCACAAUCUAAAAGAGGUAUUCUUACCUUGAAAUACCCAAUUGAGCACGGUAUUGUCAGCAACUGGGAUGAUAUGGAAAAGAUUUGGCAUCACACUUUCUACAAUGAGCUCCGUGUUGCACCUGAGGAACAUCCGGUUCUUCUCACUGAGGCUCCUCUCAACCCUAAGGCUAACAGAGAGAAGAUGACUCAAAUCAUGUUUGAGACCUUUAAUGUUCCUGCCAUGUAUGUUGCCAUCCAGGCCGUUCUUUCCUUGUAUGCCAGUGGUCGUACAACUGGUAUCGUCCUUGAUUCUGGUGAUGGUGUGAGUCACACUGUGCCAAUUUACGAAGGUUAUGCUCUCCCACAUGCCAUCCUCCGUCUGGACCUUGCUGGUCGUGAUCUCACUGAUGCUUUGAUGAAGAUUCUCACUGAGAGAGGGUACAUGUUCACCACCACUGCUGAACGGGAAAUUGUCCGUGACAUGAAGGAGAAACUUGCAUAUGUCGCCCUUGACUAUGAGCAGGAACUCGAGACUUCUAAGAGCAGCUCCUCUGUUGAGAAGAACUACGAGCUUCCUGAUGGUCAGGUAAUCACCAUUGGAGCUGAGAGAUUCCGUUGCCCAGAAGUACUCUUCCAGCCAUCUCUCAUCGGAAUGGAAGCUGCAGGAAUCCACGAGACUACAUACAACUCUAUCAUGAAGUGUGAUGUGGAUAUCAGGAAGGAUCUUUAUGGUAACAUUGUCCUCAGUGGUGGUUCCACUAUGUUCCCUGGUAUUGCAGACCGUAUGAGCAAGGAGAUCACUGCUCUUGCUCCCAGCAGUAUGAAGAUUAAGGUGGUCGCACCUCCGGAAAGAAAGUACAGUGUCUGGAUCGGAGGAUCUAUCCUUGCAUCCCUCAGUACCUUCCAGCAGAUGUGGAUUUCCAAGGGCGAGUACGACGAGUCUGGUCCAUCUAUUGUCCACAGGAAGUGCUUCUAAGCUCUUCAAGUGCGUCAAUGGUGAGUUAUUUUUCAAAUUUAGUUGGCUUUUUCGCGUCAAGUUGUCAUGUGAACUCAAAUAUGGUUGAUGUGGACAAGUAUUGAGGUGGGCUCGGGCGAAGGAGGGUACGGUCUGAUCUUUGAUGUAUCAAACAGCUUUCCAUUUCUCGCUAUUGAUGUUGUUAUUGCCGGAAGUGAGAGACUUUAAUUGUAAUAGUCCCUCUGGAUAGAUACUUUGGUAUUUAAGUCUUUACUUUCCUCGCAAUAUUUUGUGGUUCUUUUUAGUAGGAUGCUUGUAGUCGGAGAGUGGUUGUGAUGCUUUUUCUAUUAUUAUUUAUUUUUUUAUGGUUCCAACAUUUGAAGGUUUUCUUUUUCUCCUGGAAACAUUGUUAAUAGUUAUUGUAUGAGAAAUUUUUAUUUAGAGUCA